AUGUCGCCCGGCGCAUGUCAGGGAGAAGAACAGCGCACUGAACUAUUGGGAUCUUUGACCACACAGCAGCAGCAACGGACUAGCGCCAGAGUCAUCAAGAAGUUGCGUUUAGAGUCACCAGCGGAUAAACGAGACGUAACAGAAUGCGAUACGCCAAACAAAAUCGACGAUAAGGAGCCCCUAAAGUCUCCAACCCAGUUCCCAGUGAAGCAACGGAUGCCCAAAGCACUUUGGUCAGCAGACGAAAAGAGUUUAUUCUUCGAAGCCUUGAACGAGUACGGAAAAGACUUUGAUGCCAUCACAGCGUACAUCUGUGGGAAGAUGAAGAAAAAGGGCAUGGCCGACGGCUUGAAGACGAAGACACAAGUCAGCCACUUCUACUACAGGACGUGGCACAAGCUUUCAAAGCACGUGCAGUUUGAUGAAAACGUAAAGAAAGUUGCCCAAGAGCUAUACGCCCUAAUAAACUACGGGGAAUUACGGCGUAAGUUGGCGUCGGUGAGUGAGAAGACAUGCGCGCGUCUCGGAGAAAUGGUCCGCGGCGGGAGCAUGGCGGUGCGUGCACGUGGUCGUACGUUACGUGUACGUACGCCUAUGUGUGCUGCGUUACGACGACUCAAUCAAAUUACUGAACGUGCGUGUGGCACGCGUGUAUGUUCUCGUGCUCAAGUUGUAUUACGUGCACGUAAUACGUGCGCGUGGGCACGCGUACAAGCCGCAGCGCACAAUCCUCGCAUGGUGGCCGCCUUACCUUUGCGGACCCGGCUUGCUGCUUUUAUCAAAGCGCUGCAGAAACGGUGGAAAACUUCGCACUACAAAGAAUCCAUUAUUACAAAUGGAUUAGAGAAAGAUCAUUUAAGCCAUGAAGAUUAUGAACGAGAGAGCAAUGACGAGCUUGAAUCACAUCUCAACUUGGAGAUCGACAGGAUUAUAGCUAGAGAAGGUACACUACCAAAAAAGCUUGCGUUACACCUCGGACCUCGUCCCGGAGCAGAGAUUCACUUACCCGUUCUCAGUCCAAGCGAACAAUUGUCCAGCCAGAAAAUCUGCUUCUCUUCUUACCUGGAGAGGAUGGGAUCUUUGCCUCGAGACAAGGAUAGUGUAAAAAUAAGAACACCAAAACGCCAAAGGAAAGAUAGCACAUCAGAAAAAGACAAGGAUGAGACGAAAAAGAUCAAAUUAGAUGAAGAUAGUAAGUUGAUAAAUAUUGACGAAACGGCCAUAGACGGUAUAGAGCUGAUGGCGCACUUUAAAAAUAUACAUGACGAUGAAGAAAAACCCAGUGAAGAUGAAAAGGAUUUGAAAGCCGAAGAAACGGCCGAGGAAGACGGAGAGCCGUUGGAGAGAGACAACAUUAUGUCGGAAAGGGAAAAAGAUAGUUUCUCUGAGAUGGAGGAUGAGGAGAAAUAUAAUAAGAGUGACACUGAUAACGAGAGUGAUGGAAGGGUUGAUAAGGAGAAGUUUAACCAUCUUAAGGUAAAAUUUCGAAUUCGGCCAAAGAAGCGUGGCGGCAGUAUCUAUACAUUGGUUCAAGGUUCAGAUGAAAUCAAAAGCGAAGAGUUAAAGGCGGAAGAGCCGAAGUGUGAGGAGGAAAUAAAGCCAGUUAUAGACGUAGAAACAGCGAUACGACAAAUUCGCGCUGGUUGGAGUCAAUACGACGCUGGAAAUCUAACUAUUGGGGACCUAUAUCUAAUGCUUGGAUCUCGUUCGAAAUUGGAGCUCGACUAUUGGUGGGCCGAAGCCACGCCCCCUUUGCCGCAACCAAUCAAAGCUCAGAAAAUAUCCGAAAGUGACAAGACAGACAAGGACAGAGCUAUAGACAAGAGGGAGAAGGGUAACAAAACACCCGAAAAAGGCGACAGUUCUGUGGAAGACGAGAGAGACAAAAGUGAUACAGAUAUAUUGUUUUCGCCCAAGAACACAUUCAGCCAGGAUAGUAACGAUGGAAUGUCUGGUGAUGAGAGGAAAUGUGAAGCUCUAUCAUCUCCAGACCACAAGUCUUCGGGUACUCUAAAGCUGGUCAGCAAACUCAUCAACAGAGCUGAUCAGCCAACCAGCCAGGCUUCGCAAGGGUUUUCUUUACUCAGUGAUAGAUUAAAGCGUCUCCUGGCGUUAGCUGGCAACACUCACAUCACAGCCGCUGCAAACGCUCCAAUGUCGAAAUGCAAUUGUGGACACGUGUGUCCAAAAAAGCAAGCGCAGAAAUCGCAGCCGCACCCAACUCAAGAACCGCCGAAUUUAAUACCGAAAAACGAUUACAACUCGGUGUUCCGUCACCCGACACCCAUCGCGCCACGCCCUUGUGCUACUGAGAAGAGCAGUGCCAUGAGCCUAGAUGGGCUACCGCGCCGUCGUCGCGGAAGACCCAGAGUGUCAGAGCGGGACAGCCCUAGGGUCGUCGUUCAGAGACUGUUACCUCUUCUGCCCAAGUUGCCUCCUACCAGCAAUUUGAUCCCAGUGAAACUAGUCCCGCAUUCGUCUGCGCCUGCCCCACCUAGGAUUCUGCCCAGACCGCCUCCUCCGCCGCCUACAUCCACUGCUGAUUUAUCAGCCUACUACGUACUGAGUGAGUCGAACGGUCGAUUCUUCUUCCACGACGGAGAUCGUCGGAUUCCCAUAAACCCACCAGAAGAAGAUGAAGACCAUGAUAAAAUGAAUGGAGAAGAUACCAAUGAUGUUAAAGAAAAAGCGAGCAGCCAGAAUGGGGCGACAGACAAGUCGAAAGAAUUGAGCUCUGCACCUUCCUCGAUGAAGUCGGAACAGACCGACAUGACGAGUUUUCUAACAUCCGAGUCAAUGUCACUGUCUCCGUCCCGACUGUUGCGUGAUGCAGAAGGAUGGCUCGAAGGCUCCGUUCAAGAUUUCUCUCUCAGCUCGUUCCUCAACCAGCUGGAAGGACGUCAUCCGGAUACUGCGGUGGAAUCGCAGCUACAUUCUCUAAUGGCGGAGUCGAGCGUGGACUAUGUCGCCAAAUUCGCAGAUCUUGCUGCCGAAGUCACAGAGCAAAGAGACCAUAGAGAAGAACUACCUUAA